AUGGCAGAGUCAUGCGCCCCCAUCCCCCCAAUUCGCAUAAAACAGAUCUGUGGCGAUGCUUGCAACUCUGCCCUUGGUGAUUCCCCCACCUACACCCACUCCAUGACCGAAACAUGGAACACAAACAUCAUUAAUGGUAUUCUUCGCGCACUAAUCUCCGAAUCCACACCGGCAUCCACAACCGCCUGUCCCUACAAAUACGCCGUAAAUUCGACGAUAAUACAGCAUGCUGGCGGUGCAAGAUCCGUAAGCGGGGGUGAUGACGAUAGUGCCAGUGUGACGUCACAGGCCAGGAGGGGUAUGCACAGUGCUUGUGGAGGGUACUGGAAUACCGAGAAGGAUGGAAUGUGGGCUUAUAAGCACACGCUAAAAGAUAUGGAUGUCGUCGUCUCAAUCAUUUGGAUUGGUAUCUGA